AUAUUAAAGGGAAUUCUUUUAGGUGUGGUGGAGAACUGUUUGCCGGGAACAGUGAUCGAUCACACCGUAACGCGCACCGAUGUUACUGAAUUGUUUAUGCAGUCGCACAAAGUAAUCAAGGGGACUGGCAAGAUACCAGCCUAUACUGUUUUGGUUAACGAAGCUGAAAUGAGCAUGGAUGAAUUGCAAGCGUUUAUCAACGCUCUUUGCUAUGCGCAUCAGAUUACAAACUCGGCGAUCUCUCUUCCCGAGCCUAUUUAUCAGGCCGAUGAAUGGGCGAAAAGAGGGCGCAAUAACUUUCGAGCUAUGUACAAACAAGGGCACGAUUUGCCGUGGAAGAAUAACGCUGUUAAUUGGAAUGAAGUUACGGAGAAGCUGUGUUACAAGGGGCAUCUGCUGGAGUUAACGCGUUCGAAUGCAUAA